AUGUAUCGGUCCCUGAUCUCGCUCGGUGCUUUCGCCGCGUCACUCGUUCAGGCGGCGCAGCCUAACAUCCUCUUUGUCCUGACUGAUGACCAGGACAUCGAGCUGGGAUCCCUGGACUACCUGCCCGCCGUGUCGAGUCGCAUCCAGCAGGAGGGAUUCACCUUCAACAACCACUAUGCGACUGUUGCGCUGUGCUGCCCGUCCCGCGUUGCCAUGCUGCGCGGGCAGCAGGCACAUAACACCAACAACACCGACGUCGCGCUUCCGGGAGGUAGCUUCCAGAAGUUCCAGGCCUCGGGGGGGAACGACAACAAUCUCCCCCACUACCUCAAGAAGGCUGGCUACAGGACCGAGUUCAUCGGCAAGAUCAUGAACGGGUAUGCCAUCUACAACUACGAGACGCCACCGGCCGGAUGGGACCGGUUCGACGGCAUGCUUGACCCCUGGAUGUAUACGUACAACACGCCCGUCUUCUCCAUCGACGGCGCCACGCCGCGGUACUACGACGGCUCCUACCUCCAGGAUGUCGUCCGCGCCAAGGCCGUGGACCGGGUGGACAAGCUCACCGCCAACGGGACCGGCGAGCCCUGGUUCCUCGUCGUCGCUCCCACGGCGCCGCACCAGACCUUCAACGACACCGGAAAGUGGCCGCCGGUGCCAGCUGCUCGCCAUGCGAACCUGUUCCAGAACGUGUCUGCCCCGCGCACGCCCAAUUUCAACCCGGCUACCAACGACAAGCCGUCUUGGGUGGGCAAGCUCCCGCUGAUGAAGAGCAGCGUCAUCGAGCGUGUGGACGAGGUCGCGCGCGCCCGUGCCCAGACCCUCCAGUCCGUGGACGAGAUGGUCGCCCACCUGAUCGACGUGCUCGAGGAGAAGGGGGAGCUCGACAACACCGUGAUCGUCUACAGCGCUGACCACGGCUAUCACCUGGGCCAGCACCGUGUGCCCUGCGGCAAGACCCUUCCUUACAAGGAGGACACGCACGUGCCCUUCUUCCUGCGCGGCCCCGGUGUCCCCGCCGGCCUGUCCACCGACAUCCCCUCCAACCACAUCGACAUCGCCCCGACCCUGCUCGAUUUCGCAGGCGUCGACGAGUCCGAGUGGCCGAGCUGGCUGGACGGCCGCAGCCUUGUCCCGUACUUCGCCGCCGGCACAUCGAACGGCACAUCUGACAGCACAGAUGCCUCCCUCGUCGAGACCGUCAACGUCGAGUACUGGGGCAACGGCAUCAUCGAGAUCUCCGACAUGGGCUACUCCACGUCCGUGGCCAACAACUCGUACAAGACGGCCCGGAUCAUCUCCAAGGACUACAGCUACAUGUACGCCGUCUGGUGCACCGGCGAGAGCGAGCUGUACGACACGGUGGCGGACCCCUACGAGCUGACCCCCAUCAGUGCCAACAGCUCCGCGGAGGCGGGCCGCCUGACGUCCCGGCUGAACGGCCUCAUGCUCCUGCUCAAGACCUGCAUCGGCGACUCGUGCCGCGCGCCGUGGUCGGUCCUGCACCCGGACGGCUCCGUCAGGUCCCUCUCCGAGGCCCUCGACCCGCGCUACGACCUGUACUACUCGUCGCUGCCCAGCGUCCGCUUCGAGAUCUGCAACGCCCAGUACAACCUGGCCAACGAGGCCCCCUUCUUCAGCUCCAACUACUCCACCUCCCUCGGCGAGCUGACCACCCCUCACCAGGACCCGGAGGACUACGGGGUCGGCUCCACGCCCGACCCCGGUGACAGCAUUGGCUGGAACGGGACGCUGUUCGGCGCUGUCUAUGAGCCGCUGGAUGUCUUGGAGGCGAGGGCGAGGGAUCUCACGGCCGACGAGCUGGAUUGGCAGAAGACGAAGACCAGAUUCAGGUACAUGUCUUGA